GGUAGCCGCGGGAGGCGGGGCCAGGCUGCCAACUGAGGAGGCGGCGGCAGCCACAGCUGGGGAGGCCCGACAGCCGAGCGUCCGGGCGGGCACGGAGAGCGAGCCGCGGGCUCAUGGUGCGAGGCCGCCGCGGGGAGGCUGCCGCGGGAGAAGCGCCGGGCUGAGAGCGAGCGCCGCCGGGCCGGCCGGGCCAUGGGCUCCCUGUUCCGCAGCGAGGUCAUGUGCCUGGCGCAGCUCUUCCUGCAGUCCGGCACGGCCUACGAGUGUCUGAGCGCCCUGGGAGAGAAGGGCCUGGCCCAGUUUCGGGAUCUCAAUCAAAAUGUAAGCGCCUUUCAGAGAAAAUUUGUUGGGGAGGUGAAGCGGUGUGAAGAACUAGAAAGAAUACUGGCAUAUUUAGUGCAAGAAAUUAAAAGAGCUGAUAUUCCCCUUCCUGAUGGAGAUACCAGUCCUCCUGCCCCACCUUUUAAACAAGUUUUGGAAAUGCAGGAACAGUUACAGAAACUGGAGGUUGAAUUGAGAGAAGUCACCAAGAACAAAGAAAAGCUGAGGAAAAAUUUGCUUGAGCUGAUUGAGUAUACACACAUGUUAAGAGUGACCAAAACCUUUGUUAAAAGGAACAUCGAGUUUGAACCCAGUUAUGAAGAAUUUCCUUCUUUAGAAAGGGAUUCUUUGUUGGACUACAACUGUAUGCAGAGGCUGGGCGCAAAAUUGGGAUUUGUGUCCGGUUUAAUUCACCAAGCAAAAGUUGAAGCAUUUGAAAAAAUGUUGUGGAGGGUGUGUAAAGGAUACACCAUUGUGACCCAUGCAGAGCUGGAUGAGUGCCUUGAGGAUCCGGAGACAGGAGAUGUCACAAAAUGGUAUGUGUUUCUGAUAUCCUUUUGGGGCGAUCAGAUUGGCCAGAAAGUUAAGAAGAUAUGUGAUUGUUAUCACUGCCACGUUUACCCAUAUCCCAGUACUGUUGAAGAACGAAAGGAAGUUCAUGAGGGGCUAAAUACACGAAUACAGGAUCUUUAUACUGUGCUGCACAAAACUGAAGACUAUUUAAGGCAGGUGUUAAGCAAAGCUGCUGAAUCGGUCUGUACUCGAGUUGUCCAAGUGCAGAAGAUGAAGGCCAUUUAUCACACGCUGAACAUGUGCAGCUUUGACGUCACAAACAAGUGUCUCAUUGCCGAGGUCUGGUGUCCAGAGGCAGAUCUGCACAACUUGCGUCAGGCUCUGGUGGAGGGAUCUAGAGAAAGUGGAGUGACAAUCCCUUCAUUUAUGAACACCAUCCCGACAACUGAAACACCCCCAACUCUAAUACGAACCAACAAAUUCACGGAGGGAUUCCAGAACAUUGUAGAUGCCUAUGGAGUUGGGAGCUACAGAGAAGUAAAUCCAGCUCUCUACACCAUCAUCACCUUUCCCUUUUUAUUUGCUGUGAUGUUUGGAGACUUUGGGCACGGCUUUCUCAUGUUCUUAUUUGCCCUUGUGUUGGUGGUGUAUGAAAACCAUCCCAGACUGAAGCAUUCACAAGAUGAGAUCAUGAAAAUGUUCUUUGAUGGUCGCUAUGUCAUCUUGCUGAUGGGUUUGUUCUCAGUAUACACAGGCCUCAUCUAUAAUGAUUGUUUUUCAAAAUCAGUUAACCUGUUUGGCUCUGGAUGGAAUGUUUCAGCGAUGUUUAGAUCUACUCUGGAUGAUGCUAAUACUUCGCGUCUCUGGGAUGACAAUGAUAUAAAGGCCAAUGCAUUUCUUCAGUUGGAUCCAGAUACUGCUGGUGUGUUCCAAGGUGCUUAUCCUUUUGGCAUAGAUCCGAUUUGGAACUUGGCCACAAAUCGUCUCAGUUUUUUAAACUCUUUCAAAAUGAAAAUGUCUGUGAUUUUUGGAGUUACCCACAUGACUUUUGGUGUUAUUCUUGGAAUCUUUAACCACUUGCAUUUCAAGAAGAAGUUCAACAUUUACUUGGUAUGCCUCCCAGAACUCCUGUUCAUGCUCUGCAUCUUCGGAUACCUGAUAUUCAUGAUUGUCUACAAGUGGCUUACUUAUUCAGCAGCAAAUUCUAAGUUCGCACCCAGCAUUUUAAUUGAAUUAAUCAACAUGUUUUUAUUCCCAGCUGGUGGGGCAGCAACUGGACUUUAUCAAGGACAGAGUCAUGUCCAGAAAUUUUUAUUAGUUGUGGCAGCAGUUUCUGUUCCUGUACUGUUCUUGGGAAAACCUCUUUAUCUGCUUUGGUUACACAAUGGAGGUCGAUUAUUUGGAAUACACAAGAGUGGUUAUACACUGGUUCGUAAAGACAGUGAAGAAGAUGUUUGUUUGCUGGGGUCUCAAAAUGUGGAAGAGGGAAUUAGCCACUUGGAAGGUGAAGGACGUAAAGAUGAAGAGGAGUUUAAUUUUGGAGAGCUCUUUAUGGCUCAAGCAAUCCAUGCGAUUGAAUAUUGUCUUGGCUGCAUCUCUAACACUGCAUCAUACCUGAGGCUUUGGGCACUUAGUUUAGCUCAUGCACAGUUAUCUGAGGUCCUGUGGGCAAUGAUAAUGCGUGUGGGCCUCCGUGUGGACAAAACUUACGGAGUCUUGCUGCUGGUUCCAGUCGUAGCAUUCUUUGCUGUUUUAACAAUCUUCAUUCUCUUGGUCAUGGAAGGCCUUUCUGCAUUUCUUCAUGCUAUACGGCUGCAUUGGGUGGAAUUUCAGAACAAGUUCUAUGUUGGUGCAGGCACCAAAUUUGCUCCUUUCUCAUUUAAACUACUCUCGUCACAGUGUAAUAGAGAUGACAUGGCGUAAUUCAGCUGCUGUAACCAUGUGCUCUCAGCAUGAUGGUGAAUUAUCAUGUUAUUAAAUUUCACUGAAGUAGAAUUUAUAAUAGAAACAUGUUGUUCCUGUCCUCCCCAUUGCCUUAUAUAAUACAGCCAAAUAAUUCUGUCAUUUAGACUGUUGCCUCAUACUAGAUAUUUUGUAAAGCUUAUCAGUCUUUAGAAGUUUAAAUUUCUUUUGACUAUUUUCAUGAUCAAAUGUAAGUCGGUUGUGUUUUAUGUUAAUGUUUAUUCUAAAAAAAUAGAUGUUGCUUUUUAGGCAGGGGUGGAGGGAGAUUUACUUCUUCUGAUUGAAGUUGUCUUAAUAGUCUUUAUUUCUGUUCAUCUGACAAAUAUACAGCACUCCCUCACUAAAGUUAACUAGUUUAUGUAAUUUUGGAACAGUUAAAAUUAAACCUUUUUUUUUAAAAAAACCCAACUAUAACUAAUGAGCAAUUCUAAAAUGAUUAGCAUCAGUAGUGUUCAGUUUUGGCCAAUUUUGAGUGUGACAAAAUAUUUGAUCUCACAAUAGCUGUGAGAGAAACCAACCUUUUCCCUACUUCUUCUUCAAUGUUUUAAUUGAGGAAAAAAGGGAUAAAAUUGCAUCCAACAAAUAGUUUGUUCCAUUGCUGAAAAACUGGUAAAGGAUUUUGUCCUUUUCUUCUUUCAUACACUCUUAAUGGUGACUGCACGCUGUGAAAGUUGCAUUGUGGGGCUAAGCCUUCUUGCCAAGUGUGGAGUUAGAAGCUAUUAUGGAUAUGAUUGGACUGUAAUGACCAGCUUUUGUCUGAGGUUACCCAACCAAAGUUGUUUAUAUUGAGUGAAGGAAAGGUACAAAGUAAUCUUUUGUAUAUUUUUAUAAUGAAAUGUAUAUUAAAAUAUUUUACCACUGAUAGAUAUACAUCUGUGCCAUGGAAGCAUCAUAAUUAUAUUUUUUCUUUUCAGAUUAAUUCUGAAUAAAGAUCUAAUUCCCACUUAGAUUUAGUAUUUUAAAUUGAUUUUCAGUCAUUCUGUUUAUAUUUAUUUAGAACUAACCUUUAUUAAGCUGUUGAUUGGUGAUCCUUAAUGUAAAUUCGGCUAAUUCAUCCAUUCAUCUUUUGGCUUUGAAUGAACAUUUCUCCCCUUUCCACUGAAAAUUGUGAUCCUCUUCUAUAUGGAGUUUUUGUUUGAAUUAUAUUCACUGUCAUGCUGCUUUAA